GGUCAGGGCCCGGGCCCGCCUCCACGAGCUCCGGCGAGCCGCGGAGCGCAGGGCACGCCAGCUCUUCUAGGGGCUUCAGAGGCGCCGCCCAAGAGACCCUGGGCCCGCGCCGCGCGCAGCCGCCUCUCCGCGUUUGCCUGUCCGUCUUUGUGUCUGUCUCUGUGUCUGUCUGGCUGUGUCCGAACUUGCCUCCACCUCCAAAACUAAGCCUCCCGGACACCGACACCCCGCGAGCUCUCGCCCCUUUCCCAUGGCAGGCUACUUUCCCCCCAAAGGCCACGCACCUUCACCCCCACCUCCCUACCCUGUGACGGCUGGGUACCCGGAGCCGGUGCUGCACCCGGGGCCCGGGCAGGCGCCAGUGCCCCCCCACAUACCUGCCCCUGCGCCCGGCUUCUCUCUCUUCCCUUCGCCCGGCCCCGGGGCCCCUGGGCCUGCUGCCCCGUUCUUGCCGCUGCCGGGUGUGCCUUCCGGCCUCGAGUUCCUGGUGCAGAUUGAUCAGAUCUUGAUUCACCAGAAGGCCGAGCGAGUGGAAACGCUCCUGGGCUGGGAGACAUGUAACCGGUAUGAACUGCGCUCUGGGGCCGGACAGCCCCUGGGGCAGGCGGCCGAGGAGAGCCACUGCUGUGCGCGUCUGUGCUGUGGCGCCCGCCGGCCCCUGCGUGUGCGCGUGGUGGACCCCGGUGACCGAGAGGUGCUGCGCCUGCUCCGCCCCCUGCACUGUGGCUGCAGCUGCUGUCCAUGUGGCCUCCAGGAGAUGGAAGUACAGGCCCCUCCCGGCACCACCAUUGGCCACGUGCUGCAGACCUGGCAUCCCUUCCUCCCCAAGUUGUCCAUCCAGGACGCCGAUCGGCGGACGCUCUUGCGAGUGGUGGGGCCCUGCUCAACCUGUGGCUGCGGCACAGACACCAACUUCGAGGUGAAGACCCCAGAUGAAUCCCGCAGCGUGGGCCGCAUCAGCAAGCAGUGGGGGGGGCUGCUCCAAGAAGCCCUCACCGAUGCGGAUGACUUCGGCCUGCAGUUCCCCCUGGAUCUGGACGUGAAGGUGAAGGCGGUGCUGCUGGGAGCCACGUUCCUCAUUGACUACAUGUUCUUCGAGAAGCGAGGAGGCGCUGGGCCCGCAGCUGUCACCAGUUAGAGGCCACAUCAGGGUGAGAGACCAUCCCCUCAACCAGAAUCCAGGAUGGCUCCCUGUCAGAGGCAGCCCCUUUCCGUGACGUAUGCCACAGGGGACAGACAGGGCUGCCCGAGAGUCUGGGGGCCUCGGUGCCCUAUCCCUGCCCUGAUCUGCUGGCCACCUGCGCCUUGGCCCCCGGCGAAGGGUAGGUAUGAGAACCCUUCGCCCUGCUGCCUCGCACCGCUGUCUCCCCGAUCCCUCGGCAACCAGGCACGUCAGCUCUCAGACUCUGCCCGCCCUCUUCCCCCGGCCCUUCCAGGGCCUCUGCUCCAGACCCGGCCUUGGGAAUCCGGGGCCCUCGGGCUUUAGCACAGGGGCCAGGGUGGCCAAGGGUAAGCAGCACCAAAGACAGCAGGCGGGACCCCUCUCACCGGUAGUUCGGCCUCAGACCGCGGCCCCCGGAGGCACCCCUGCCUCCCUGUGGAUGGCUGUAGGGCCUGCGCCCCAGUGCCGGCUUCCUCCCCUGCCCCUCAGGCCCUUCCCACAGCUUCCUGUGCCUUAAGCACCCCAUACUUCCCUUUGCCUUAGGAAAGAGGCUGUAUCUUUGUAUGUUAUAUUCAUAUAAACUUUGUAACUUUUUGGA